UUAUACACUCAGAAGACUGCCCGAGUUUCAGCAACAGAGUCGGUUACUACUCCGAGCGGAUUGCAGAGUCUCAUACCCCCUUCACACAGAGAGAGGCAAGGAGAGGGAAGUCAAAGGCGAGUUUUAUCCUUUGCCACCUCGUUUCCUCUCUCUCUCCCUCCCUCCCCGGGUUUGCUGAGUGCAGUCGCGCCUCCACUUGUCUUUUUUGCAUGAAUCUCCUCGACCCCUUCGUGAAAAUGACAGAGGAACACGAGAAGGCUCUCUCCGACGUGCCCAGUCCGACCAUGUCUGACGACUCGGCUGGCUCGCCGUGCAACUCGGGCACCGGCUCGGACGCCGAGGACACCAAGCCCAUCCACAACGGGCAGGACGACCAGAGUUUAGACUCGAAGAAGGAGGACGAUGACAAGUUCCCGGCGUGUAUCCGGGAAGCGGUCACCCAGGUGCUCAAAGGAUACGACUGGACCCUGGUGCCCAUGCCCGUCCGAGUCAAUGGCUCGUCCAAGAACAAGCCUCACGUCAAACGGCCCAUGAACGCCUUCAUGGUCUGGGCUCAGGCAGCGCGGAGGAAACUGGCUGAUCAGUAUCCCCACCUACACAAUGCAGAGCUGAGCAAAACUCUCGGCAAACUCUGGAGGCUGCUUAACGAAGGCGAGAAACGUCCAUUCGUGGAGGAAGCGGAGCGGCUACGAGUGCAGCACAAGAAGGAUCACCCUGACUACAAAUACCAGCCCAGGCGGAGGAAAUCGGUGAAGAACGGGCAAGGGGAGAACGAGGAAGGUGCCGAGCAGACCCACAUCACCCCCAAUGCUCUGUUCAAGGUGUUGCAGGCCGACUCCCCUCACUCCGCCUCUAGCAUGAGUGACGUUCACUCCCCGGCUGAACAUUCAGGCCAGUCUCAGGGGCCACCGACACCACCCACCACGCCCAAGACUGAGAUACAGCCAAGCAAACCAGACCUGAAGCGUGAGGGUCGCCCCCUACAGGAAGGAGGCAGGCAACCCCACAUUGACUUCAGCAAUGUGGACAUUGGGGAACUCAGCAGCGAAGUCAUGUCCAACAUGGAGACGUUCGACGUCAACGAGUUCGACCAGUACCUCCCGCCCAACGGGCACCCCGGAGUUGCGGUCACCCACGCCGGCCACGGGCCGAGCGGCCAGACGGGCUACACGGGCAGUUACGGCAUCAGCGGUUCUUCGGCCUCCCAGUCCGCCCACCCCUGGCUGUCCAAGCAGCACGCCAUGAGCGGCCUGGCCGGCGAGCAGGGGCAGCAGCAGAGGACGCACAUCAAGACGGAGCAGCUCAGCCCCAGCCACUACAAUGAGCAGCAGCACUCCCCACAGCAGAUCAGCUAUGGCUCUUUCAACAUGCAGCACUACAGCUCGUCCUACCCCUCCAUCCCCCGCACCCAGUAUGACUACACAGACCACCAGACCAACACCAAUUCCUACUACAGCCACGCGGCAGGUCAAACCACCGGCCUCUUCUCCACCUUCACUUACAUGAACCCAUCCCAGCGCCCCAUGUACACGCCCAUUGCAGACACCACCGGAGUCCCUUCCAUCCCCCAGACCCACAGUCCACAACACUGGGAGCAGCCAGUCUACACACAGCUGACCAGACCUUAAUAGCCCACUGGUCUAGACUCUCUCUCUCGAGUGCAUCAAAGAAGGUUGAUGGAGAUCCCACAGAGAUGUGCUUCCAUGCACUAACGUGAACUGCUGUGAGAAGUGGCCAAAGUGUCCUACCACAAAGUGCUUCGCCGUGUCCAUUCAGUACUGGUGACUGAACUGGCAAGUCAUUGAAUGAACAAGUCUGAACAAUCAACUCAGCUGGUUUGGUCAUUUCCUGUGUUUGGACUUCUCAUUUUGUAGUAUUGCACUCCUCUGUGAGGAGGAUUUUCUUUUUUAAUUUUUUUUGAAUUUAGUAUGUACUGUGUAUGAGUCAUUUCCAUUUGCAGAGUGGGGAUUUAUACAUAUUUUAGCGAAGAAAUCUUCUUAUUUUGAAAGAUCAAAUGCCAAACCACUUUUGGUAGAAUACUUCACGUUUGCAUUUGCUGAUGCCGUACGGCCUAUUUUUUUAUGAAAUAGUAUCUUUUUUCACUAUUUACGAUGAUGUCCUUUUUGAAAAAUAUGUUCCUUCAAUUCCAGUCAGAAACACGAUCGCAGAUCAAUGCCAGAAUCUAGCAGGAGGAAGAGAUAGGUAGACCCUCAUACUAAUUUUAACACAGGAAUUGGCUAUUUCUUUUGACAAUUAAGGUAUUGAUUGCCUCGCCAGUUCUUCCCCACACAUGGUGGGAUACGCUGUGUUACGAGAUGGGCACAGAUAUUGAGGUGAAUUGUGCAUUCCUACGCUGAGAAGCGCAUCAUCCAGGCAUUUGCUAGUGAGUCUGCAGCUGACUUCCAGCUUCCUGCAUGAGAACGUGUGCAUAAAUGUAUUUUACAGGAAUACUACAGGAAAUGUGUUCAACCCACUGAGUACAGUAUGUGUUGUACACACAGGCAGCAUAACUACGUUUUAAAGUCCAAAUACUGUCAAAUCUUCACUGGUGAUGCAAAGGUGGAAUCAAACAGCAUGGUAUAUACUCAUUACUAUCUUAGGCAAAGGAUUUGUACCAGUGUCCUGGGUGCCCAUUGCUGUUUCAGUACUCAGCAGGGAAGAGCUGUAAGUGAACUUCCAAAACAUGGUUUAAAAACUGUAAAACAUUAUUUAUCUUGUAAAGUUUUUUUUAAUUAAAAGUGCUUUUUAAAAAAAAAAAACUUGUACUUAGUUCUCUACUGUACAGUUGUGUGAAAGUUAAAAAGGAAAGAAAUCAACUUUAUUAAGCUGAUCCGAAAUGUAUAAAGACUGGAAGAUAAUUUUUAAGGAAUAUGGAGAUUGCAAAUGUAGUUUACAGCAUUUGCUAAUUGCUUCAGCUAAUACUUUUUGCUAACUAGUAAAAUGAAAAAAACCUUUUCUAACUUUUUUUUACCUGACAUUUACAGAAACCUCUUAAAUUUUUCAAUCUAUUUUCAUUAAGCUGCGGCAUGAUUGAACAGAUCGCUUUUUAAAAAAGACAACAGGCAUUCAAAAAUAUAUAUAUUUGUUAACAGUUUUAAUGGAAAACGUGUCAUUGGGAUUCAGUAGUACAGAAUUCAGUCACUCUGUAAUAUGGCUGAAACUCUUAUUUCUGUAUAAAAGUUGGACAUUAAAGUAUUUCUGUAACUUAAAACUAUCAAAUCAGAUAUUUUGCCUUUUGGGUGAGUUUGAAAAGACCUGUCUUUAAAGAAACUUGCCUUUUGUACAUUAUUGUUUGCAAUAAAAAAGAAAUGUAUUAAAAUA